AUGCAUGGUAGCAAACACAGAACAACGGAUGGUCUGUAUGAAACCCGAAAAGACGGUGGCGGAUAUUCGUCAACAAAACGAGAGUGGAAUUUGCAAAGCCAUGGAUUUAAUGAUGAUUCACCCAAUCAUCGAAAAUACAUUCGAACACAAUCUUCUUCAAGUAAUCGAACUGUGCCAUCGUCGUCGUCGUUUUCUCAGCAGCAACGUCAAAAUGGCGACAAGGAUAAGAAAACACUCAAAGAUGCAAAAAAACCGCUUCGCGUAUUUGGUGAUUGGUCUGAAUUUAAAAGUUCAACAGGAAAAACCUAUUUCUACAAUUGUAAGACAGAAAUUUCUCAAUGGGAAAAACCUAAAGGAUGGCCAACAGACGAAACAUCAUCUUCAACUGCUCGAUCGUCCUCCACAUCUUUUUCCACUGAUCGAACUAAAAAAGAAUCAACCAAUACGAAUAGUUCACCUUCAGUUCGUUCUCGAUAUAAGAUGGAUGAAUCCUCAGAAAAUUCUCGUUAUCAACAAAAAGAUAUCCCUAUUCCUAAUUCGUCCAUUAAAUAUGAACAAAAUGGUGAUAUUCAUUCUCAUUCAUUAAAUCAUUUUAGUCACGAAUCAUUAAAACCUAAUGAAUCAUUUUAUACGACUUCCAAUCUUCGUCAACCUAGUCCAAGUGAUGAUAAUUCACGAAUGUCAUUUUCAUCGACGAGUAGUAAAGAAUCAUCAGCUAUGAACAUUUCUGAACGGAAUGGUAAUGGACAUGAAAAUAAUGGUGGUGUUCUACAUUCGUCAUUAUCUGAACCCGCUAUUUCAGUAUCUACUCCAGUGUCUGAUAUGUCCAAUAAACCUCGUGAAAAAGAACCAAUCUCUUUAAAUGGAAAUGAAGCAAAACCUUCCUCAACUCGAACAGCAACAACAGAAAAAACUACAGAAAUCGAACCAGCUACUCCAACAAUUUCAAAAACUGAACGAGAUCAAGAAUUUCACAAAUAUUAUCGUGUUGGUUUAAUUCAACAUUUAACUGAUUGGCCGUCAAAUCAACUAGAAAAACAGUGUUUAAAACUUUUUGAUGAAUAUUAUGCUUACAGUGCUAAAAUGUCAACAGGAUUCAUCGAACUUAAAGCAUUAAAAUCGAACUUUCGCGUACUUGAAAUAAAACAAAAUAUUCUAAGACGAAGACUUCUCCGGUGUCAACAACACGUUAGAGAACGAGAAGAUGAUAAACUGUUAUAA